AUGCCUUUGAUCGACGAGUCCGAUCUCCCGAGGUUUGAUCUGAAAAAUGUAAACUGUCUCCUGACAACCUCUAUGCUGGUCGCAGGAAGUGUGGUUUCAAGCACACCGCAGGCCAUCGAAAUCAGCCAUCGAUGCUAUCACCGUGCAAAAGUUUUGUUCUAUACUGGUGCGGAGAAGAAUGAUAUUCGUGUGGUCAUGGCCACGAUAUUUUGUCAAUGGCUUAGUCCGAGUGGUCCAGAACAUGUCUCAAUCGAUAGCAGCAGUUUCUGGCUCAAGAUUGGUGUCGCACUUGGGCAGCAACUGGGACUGCAUCGAGAACCAAAUCCACAGAUGGAAGAUGCUGGACUUCGAAAACGAAUAUGGUGGACAUUAGUAUCUCGUGACAAUCAGAUUGCUGCCAGCCAUGGCCGCCCGAGAGCAUUAAGCGUCGAGGACACAGACGUUCGGCCCCUGUGUAUUGAGGACUUCACAGAGCCUGAUGACGAUUCUUACCUUUUCAUGCACUUCGUUCGCAUCACCUCGAUCUUAGGUGACAUGACUGAACUAUAUCGACGUGGGACUUUAUCGGACAACAAGAGAAUCCAUCUUGAAAACUCUCUGCUCAGAUGGGUGAAUGAAGUUCCAGCACCAUUCAAACUCCACAAUCCUCUCACUGGAGAGCCUUACCCAUACAAGGCCAAAGCUCUGCAGUUACACCUACCGUACUUCGCCUGCUUGGUGAUUCUCUUCCGACGAAAUAACGUGGAUCAAGCCCCGUCUGCUGCAAGCCUACUUGCGUCCUCCUUUAUCUCUGGGAUAUUCGAGGAGUUUCUCACCUGGGAAGACAUCAACUUUCUACCCCCAACAAGCAUUUUCUACCUCAUAGUUGGAGGUCUGGUACAAGUAUCAUCGCAUCGGUUUGAUUUUCUCGCGGUAUCACGAACUGCUGAAAUUGAAAUCAUCAAACUUUCGUUGAUUGAGUUGAAGGCUAGAUUCCCAGCAGCCAUUGGCGCAGAAAGAAUAAUCAACCAAGUUAUACGCCAUUCUGCGGAAAAUCCGAAACCCUUCGAGAACACUGACGCUUUCUUCUUGACAUUGCAGCAACGAAAGCUCUUCCUGCCCUUCGGCUCAAAUCUGUGUCGGAAAUGGUCCUCAAUUUUUGAAAGUGCUCCAAGCGCAGGGUUGUCCCAGCCGCCCAUAACCCCCCUAUCACUACCUUCCACCCAGCCGAGCAUAAGGUACACGAACCGGGUUGAGAAUGAGCAAAUUCUGUCUACUAUGGAGACUUUAAACGACUCACGUUGGCCAAUUGAUAAUGCAACAAUUGAUUCAUCAUUUAACACGGUGGUGGACCCGGCCUCACUUGAUAUGGUUGGGAGAUGGUGGUGGUCGGAUUGGAUGUCUGACCUUGAUAUGCCAGUCGCUGGAACUUGA